AUGGCUGUUAAUGCCCAGCUCAGGCCUCCUUUACCAGACCGGUGCGUCCAUCCCCCAGCUGUGUCCAGGACAAGUUACUUAACCAUGAAUGGCUCACAGACGUGCUUUGGAAUUGCUGUCAUCAGCACCACUGCUGAGGGGGACCUGGGGCAGCUGGACACCAAGAACAGAUAUUACCCAUCACCAAGGGGAGGUUCUGCUUUGACCUCAUUUGGGGAUGGAACUUUUAACCGAAAUAGUGUUACCCUUGAACCCACUCUGACGCGCCAGCCUACAACGUCUUCUGUGAGGAUGUCAUCUGUGUCACUCCUGCUGCUGCUGAGUCUGGUGGCCACAGUGAAAGCAGGAAUAGUCAUCCCACAAAACCCAGGAUGUCCAAACACUGAAGACAAGAAUUUUCCCCAGACUAUGAGGGUCAACAUGAGCAUACUAAAUUGGAAUACACAUUCCAGAAGGCCCUCAGAUUACUACAACCGAUCCACCUCACCUUGGAAUCUCCACCGCAACGAGGACCCUGAGCGCUACCCGUCUGUGAUUUGGGAAGCAAAGUGCCGCCACUUGGGCUGCGUCAACGCUCAGGGGAAGGUGGACCACCACAUGAACUCCGUCCCCAUCCAGCAGGAAAUCUUGGUCCUCCGAAGGGAGUCUCAGCGCUGUCCCCACUCCUUCCGGCUAGAGAAGAUGCUGGUGGCCGUGGGCUGCACCUGCGUCACCCCCAUUGUCCGUACAUUGUCCUGA